GAGUUCGUACGUCAUGUGAAUCGGUUCGCGCUGUGUCCGUGUCCGUGUGUACGCGCGCGCCCUUCUGUGCCAGUGCCUCUUGGGCCCGAAGGUGUUCCCUCGUAGAGAGACAGAGAGCCGUCGAUUCGAUCCGCGUCGCCGCGACGACGAACCCGCUCCGGAAGUCGAAGAACCCGUCGUCGUCGUCGUCGUUUAACAAAACUUGUUCUUGGUUCGCAAGACGAGUUCUGCGUCACACACAACGCUCGAGCAGUGCGUUGAGAGUGGAAGAGGGAGAGAUAGAGAGAAAACCUGUGUGUGUGUGUGUGUCAUGGGAUUAUGUGGCGACAACAAAGUCCACGGCAACAUCUGCAACAACAACAACAACAAAAACAUCAGCCGGAAUAUGCCAGCUCCGCAAAGAUUGUGCAACGCAAGAACGAAUGAUUAAAUGCAACUUGUUCCGCAGCAGGAAGAGUGAAGAAUUUACCGUAGGAGCGCUGAUGUAGCGGAAUUUGUUAGAGCAAGAAGGGGAGAGAAAGUGCGAUAAAGGAAAAAAAUCAACAGAAGAAAAAACACAACAUAAAAAGCCAAAGAGGCAAGGUGUGUUUAAUUAUACCUGUUACAACGGUUAUAAAUUAUCGAAUAAUGUUGUUGCCAGCGCUGAUAAGCGUUCGGUUUAUUUGUGAAAACACUAAACAAGUGCUUAAGAAUGGUUAAAUGGUGUAAUUGCGACACGAGUGCGGUGUUCUAGUCAAUAGGAACACAGUUUGUUAAAGUAGCGAGCGUCUCUGAAGUGGGAAAGAAGCGUUCCAAAGGGAGAUAAUACAAUUUGUCACCAUUGAAAUACAAAAUUAUAAAUCUGUUGUAUCUUGUGUUGUUAGAUUCUAAUGAGAACACAAUUUGUUAACAAUCUAAUCAGGAAAACAAAAUCUGCAAACGAUACCCAAAAGAAGAAAUCGCUGCAAAAAGCUAAUCUACAAGUUUGAAUCAAUUUUUGUUAUCACAGCGAGUGCAAAUCAUUGCUAGAACACAACUUGUUAGCAACAAUCAGCUGUCAAAGCGCCGCCGCGAUAACGACCAAAGGAAGCUCAACCCCACAAACCACAAUCGUCAACCGCUGCGGUCAGUGUGUGUGUGAUAAGCCCGAAACCAAAGUGAAUUCCCACGGUACCAAAUUGUCUAGAACAAAGUUUGUUAUCGCGAAGCGAUUCCACCACAAAAAAAGAAUAAUUCGACAAAAACGGAAAAAGUUUCCCGAUUUACCAACAAAACGAGUGGAAUGUUACACAGCCCGUGCCGGUGCAUUAAAACCCGAAAUUACCCGAGGAAAAAGUGAGCCGGCCCCGAGGGAAAAAAGAGAGUCAAAAGAAAUAAAAAGUGUGCUAAGUGAUUUCAAAUCCGGAAAGGAAGACGCCGAAAGCCAGCCGAUAAAAGCCUGCACCGAAGAGGAAGCCUCCCCCCUGUGAGUGUGAUUAAUAAUAAUAAUAAUAUUAAAAAGUGGAAGGAAAGAAAUUUGUGUGUGCGUGUUUUGUGUAUCGACCCGGUUUUUGGGAGAGCAGGAAAAGUGAAUGAAAUAAGAGCAAAUAUUGAAUCGAGAAAUUUUCGUGCGCUUUUGGUGUGUGCCGCGUUUGGAAGAAGAGAAGGAAAAGCUACGAAAGAAGAAAACUGGAAGAAAAUUUAAGCCGAGUGGAAAAAGAAUCAGUGAAAAGUCCUUAGAUUUGAGAAAUCAGUGUUAAUUGUGGAAUCCCGAGCAGAAAAAGUGCAUGGAAAAUCAAAGCUCGUAAAAAAUCAAAUAAUUCAGUGUUGCCAAAUCAACGAAGAGGAAAAUUUCUCCGGCUGGAAGGUGUACAAAAAGUGCCUCAAAAUUUGGGAUUAUCUGGAAUCGGUGGCUGGCGUAUCAGCGACCACGGAGCGAUUAACGGCUCCCCCGGCGCCUCCCCAGGGCCACUCGCCCCUCCAGCUCUUAGAUGAGCCCCACAUGUCCAUUGCUGCGGCCGAAAAUGCAGGGCUUGGCCCAUGUGAACUUCCGCUGUCAGACCAGUGGCUCGUCCAUAGCCAGCUCACCUCCUCCCAGCAGUCGCAGUCCUCGCAGUCGCAGUCACAAUACUCGUCGUCGUCGCAAACAGCAGCAACGCAGCAGCAGCAACAUUCCAGCAGUGGCGGCAGCAGCGGCAGUUCAGCAUCACAUCAGCAUCUGCAGCCGAAAAUAAUGAACGCGGUCGUCCCAGCCGUGUCGGUUCCGGCAGCCAGCAAAAAGAUUCGUAGAAAACCAGAUACCAAGCCCCAAUCGCAGAUCAACAAGUGCAACAACGAGAAACGGCGCCGCGAGCUGGAGAAUGAGUACAUCGAGCAGCUCGGCGAGUUCCUCCAGAUCAACAAGCGGGAUAUGACCGCUUGCAAGCCGGACAAAGCAGCGAUCCUUAGUGAAGUGGUGCGAACGUUUCGUCGCCUGCUGGAGCAGGGCAACCGUGACCUAACCACGGCCACCGGCAACCGGUGCUCCAAGUGUUCGCCCGACUGCAGCGACUCGUGCAAGCUGCACCCGGUCCAGCAGGGCGAAGUUUCCUCUACCGAACCACCCCUGCCGGAACCGUCCGUCAACGGGCACUCGCCGGAAAAGUCCGCCUACUUCGAGGCGGUCCAGUACUACAUCUCCAACAUUGGCUGGGCCCUGCUCGAGAUCAACUCGGACGGCGUGAUCGAAUGCGCCACCGAGAACGUCCGGGACGUGCUGCACUAUUCGCGCAACGAGCUCCACGGACAGAGCAUCUACUCGUACCUGCACACUGGCGACCACUCCAAGCUCAGUCCCAUCCUCAACAAGAACUCGUUCGAGCUAAACUGGGAUCAAGAUGAGAUGUUCUGCCAGUCCCCGAAGCGGACGAUCCGCACCAAGAUUCGGUGGCUGCUGAGGGCGCCCGACAGUGCCAACGAUACGAUCGAGCAGAAGCAGCAGCGGCAGGAAAAGUACAAGGACCUGCUGAUCAUUUCCGCCCAAGUCAAGGAUGACACCGACGCCGAGUCGUCGUCGGUGCUCUGUCUAAUCACACUACCGGAGGACGAGCUGAACCAGCAGCAGCACGGGCAGCUCGGCCAGUUGGGGCUGCCAGGAAGCGUAGGAGUAGGAGCGGGAGCGGGAGUAGGUGUGGCCGCGGCCAUCGAGCUGUCCAGCCUCACGAUGCCACAGACGCUGGACGAGCAGCUGACGCUCAAGCUGGACAUGAACGGCGCCAUUAUAGACUUAGACGCAGCGACGCUGAGGAAGCAGUUCGCCGGGUACCUAACCAAAGAGGCCUUCCGGUCAAUCCACGAUCUCUGCCACUUCCAGGAUCGCGCCCGGCUCAACGAGCACCUCAACAAUGUGAUGAACGCGAACGGCACGGCCCAGGUCUCGUCGUACCGGUUGCGGCUCGGCGGCCCCGACGUGUACGUCCACGUGAAGGCCCAGACGAGAUUAUUCCGGAACAGCAAGGCGAACAACGAGCCGGACUUUAUCAUGGCGAUCCACACGAUCCUGACGGACAGCGAGGUGGCGAUGGUGGAGGCCGCCGGAGGGUUGAACAAUCCGUCCUCGUCGUCGUCGUCGGGGUUGGCCAUUCCGAGCACGAGCACCGGCGGUGGCGGAAGUAGUAGUGGUGGCAGCGGCAGCAGCAGUUCAUCCCGCCAGUUGCAGCAGAUCACGCAAGGGGUCAGCAACAUGGGAGGACCGCUAAUGUCCAGUAUAAUAAACGGUGGCGCCGGAGGCAACGGUGGUCCAGCCGGAGGUCUCCCAGGGGCCCUCUCGUCGGUGGUGUCCCCGCGGAGCAACCCAACGGCUUCGCUAAUCCCCCCCUCGGACAGUUCGAACUUCUUCAACUCGGACUUUGAGUUUGAGUUUCCACAUUCCACGUUCGACAUGGAGUCCGUCGGGGUCGGCUGGGACUCGCGACCCGACUCGCGGACCAGUGUCACCCCGGUGAGCACCCCGCGGCCACCCUCCGUCACGGCGUACAGCCCUGCGGCCGCGCCCAUGUGCCCUUCGCCGUUGACGCCGUACCACGCGGGCAGCGCCGGAGGGCAACCGUCGCCGUCGAACAACAACCAACAGGUCAACAACAACAAUAACAACAACAGCAUGACCAACAACAAUGCCGGUCCGUUCGGGAGCAACUUUCCGUUUCCGUUCGACGACAAGGAGAAAAUUCAGGAACAAAUUCACCAACAGCAGCAACAGCAGAACCAGCAACAACAGCAGCAGCAACAGAUGGCCUCACACGAUUCGGAACGAUUGCGAAAUCUACUGACAACCAAACGACCUCACUCAAAUGCCUCAUCCUCGUCCGGGCUGGACAUGGACCAUGACCACCGGAACCCGAACCGGAUCUUGAAGCUUCUCAACGAAAAGAGCGACGACGACGACCUGGAGGGCCGAAAUCGACCGAGCGAACUGCUCCGGCAGCUGCAGAAAGUGAAAGACGAACCCAAAGAGCACCCCGCCCCGCUCAACAACGAGGAGCUGAUCCAGAUGCUGCGAUUCCAGGGCAACGACCGCAAGCGACCCUCGAACGAGCCGGACGAGGGCGGGGCGGCCAAGCGGCCCUCCGACAAACCGUCCAAACUGUGCGAAAAGAACAAGAUGCUGGCGUCGCUGCUGGCGAACCCGGCCAAGGCGCCGACCCCGCUCCUGCCCGGCCAUCUGCCGCUGAACCGCAUCAUCCCGGACAUCCCGAUCUCGAACGUGGCCCGGCAGAUGGCCAGCGUGACGAGUUCGACGCCCCCCAACCAGCAGCAGCAGACCAUCAACAACAACAACCUGACCACUAGCAACAAUAAUCUGAAGCAAGUACAACAGAUGAACCAUCAGCUGCGGCUUCAGCAACAGCAGCAGCAGCAGCACCAACAGCAGUUGCGUAAAGCGCAAGCAAUGCCUUCACAAUCACAACAGCCACCUACUUCAUCCGAUAUCUACCUCAGCCAACACCAGCAGCAGCAGGCGCAACAGGCGCAAGUCCAAGCCCAGCAACAGGCACUGCUUCAGGCCCAUCUUGUGGCGGCGGCCCAGCAGCGCCAGCAAAACUUCUCCCCUGCCAUCCAGGACUCGGGCAUCGGGUCGGUGGGCAGUGGGACGUUCGCCACGCCCUCGUCCGCGACCAGCACCACCAGCACGCCCAUGCCCGAGUGGGACUCGGAGCUGAACGAAAUACUUAACCACGUGAUCGACAUCGCACCCGAGGGGAACUUUGUCGACAGCGAACUCAAUAGUUUACUAGGCAUAAGUUCCAUCGAGUCAUCCACAUCCGCCACUCCCUCCCAAUCGAGCCAGCAGGACAUCCAGGAGAAGCUGGCGAUCAACGCGAUCCAAAAGUCGCUGAUGCAAAUCGAGAACGUCACCUCGCCAAUGCAGUACAGCGGCAGUCCACCAGCGUACCCGAUGCACGGCGGUGGAAUGUCGGCCCCGGGCGGAUCUCCCGCCGGCGGUAGCCAACAAGCUCCGACGACCCCAAAUCCCAACUUCACCCCACCACCGGUGUACACACCCCGGGUGCGAAUGUCCAGCACCGGAUCCAGCGGAGGUGGUGGUGGUGGUUCCGGAGGUGGACCUUCCGGCGGCCAGAUGGGUAACGGAGCGCCCGGAGGCGGUCCGAACGCCCUCACCAUCCAGAAGCUGCAGAACCACCAGCAACAGCGCGAACGAAUCCACCAGGAACAGCAGCGGCAGCGACUUCUGCAGCAACAGAAGCAACAGCAGAUGGUCGUCCCCGUCAACGCCACGGCCAAUGCCGACAUGAACCUGGGCUUAACUCCAGGUAUGCAGAACAUCGAGUCGCUGCUGAACAACACGGUGGCGCCGAACGUGUCGCUGACGCGCGCCAACAGCGUCGUGCCGGACUCCCAGCUCAGUCCCGGGUUCUCGCCGAGCCAGCUGAUGCAGCAGCAGCUGAGUCCGAACCAGCGGACGCAGCUCAGCCCGCAGCAGACAGGUUUCCAGGGCAGUCCGUUCAACAACAACCCCGUGCAUCGGAUGUCCCCGCAGCAGGUGGGUGGAUUCCCGCAGCAGCAGCAGCAGCAGCCGGGAACGCCCGGAAGUCAGCAGUUGAGUCCACGGCAGCCGCCGUUCGCCAGUAAUCCGCAGGUGUCGCAGCCGAACGCGUUACAGCAGCAGCAGCAGCAGUGGCAGAACGCCAACGCAAGGUUAUCGAUUCAGCAGCAGAACCCCAUGCUCAAUGCACAGCUAUCGACGAUCCCCGGUUACAACCCAGCAGCGGCGGCCGCCGGCCGGCAGCAGUUUGUGGCGCCCCAGCGGCAGCGAUCGCUCAACUCGCCAGGAACGCCCCGGCAGGGCUCGUUCGGCGGCACGGUGGACGGCGGUGGGUUCCCGGGGCCUCCGAGCCCCUCCCAGCCCGGUCAGAACUUCAACAACCCCGCCGUUUUCGCCGCCGCCCAGCAGAUGAGGCUCCAGCGCCAGGGUAGCGUUCCGCCCCAGGCCACCCAGCAUCUGCCAGGAUCGCCACGUCCUUCGUACGGUGGACAUGGACCCGGUCCGGAUGCUGGUGGCUAUGGGAUGAUGUUCAGUCAGGCCGCCAUGCAGCAACACACGGCGGGCUCACCAGGCGAUUACUUCAAUCGCGUGCAAACUGGUGGUGCCAACGGUGGUGGUGGUGGUGGCGGUGGCAGUAACGGUGGCCCCAACGCCGGUGGGUUAAACUCGUCGGAACUGGUCCGGCAGGAGCUGCGGGCGGUGGUCAGUGGGAGGGCCCAGAACGCGGCGGCCGCCGGCGGUGUUUGCGGAACGGGCGGCCUGCGAACACCGCAAAGUCCGAUCGGGAUGUCGCCCGGAAUGGUGGCCACGGCGCCCGGUGGCCCCGGUGGUGGCGGUAAUGUACAGGGACCUGGUAGUGCAAGUUCAGGCGGAGGAGGCGGUGGUGGAAUCGGUGGCAACGGGGACAGUAUGCAGACAUCACAGAUACCAGGUACGUCGUCGUCCUCGUCGUUGCUCCAUCCAGCGGGCGACAUGGAUCCGUCAAUGCUAUUCAAUUUUCACCUCACGCCGAAAGAACUGAUGGCCGGAGGAACGUUACUAGAUAGUAGUAAAUUGCUGGCGGCUAGCGACGAGUCGUGGCCGGCCGAUGAAAACGUGAACCCGGUGGUCGUGAAGCGAAGUUCUUCGGAGGCAAUACGAGUCGGUGACCCGAAAAAUUCAUCCCUCCUUCUGCAAAAACUUCUGUCGGACUAAAGUGAUAAAGUUUGUGUUUGUUUCACUACGCCUACGUUUAUUAUUCGCUGCUGUGAACGGUACGCUGUUUCCAAUUAGGUCCGUUUUUUUAUUUUCUUUGUUAACUUGUUUUUUUUUUCACGUUCUCUGAUUAUGUUACAAGAACAUAGCAAAAAGUUUUUUUUUUCAAAAAAUCUGUUGUGCGACGUUUGGAAUAAAAAAUAAAAUGAUGAAAAUCACAAAAAAAGAAAUUCACUUAAGUUGAACCCACUCUGUAAUGGAAAACAAAAAAAAACAAAUGAUAUGAGAUGUGAUGUGAUGAGAUGUUAACUGUGUGUGGGUGUUUGAGGGGGUCCCCCCUUGUGUAAAUAAUAGUUAUUGUAAAAUGUGUAAUUUAUAGAGUAUAUACAGAAAGAGAGUAAACAGUUGAUUUAGGCUUAAGCAAAGAGAUAAACAAACAAAGGUAAAUUAAAAACAAAGUAAGGCAAAUAGAAAUACCUCUAACGUUAGUUCAAACUAAUACAAAACAAGAAAGUAAAAAAACAAACGUGUUAAAGUUGAACAAAAAGUGUAUCUAAAUUAACCAAACAAACACAAACAACAACAUCAAAAGGGGAAACAUUCGAGUGACGACCAACAAGUGACGGAUCGAAGAAAAACGAAAAUUCAGCAAAAAACGAAACGAACGAUAAAAAAGGAGUGACGUUUCGAAACCCAAAGACUUGCAAGCGAGCAAAACGAAAAACGACAACAAAAACAUCAUUAGACGAAAUAAAUUGAGUAAAAACACCCACGAAUCAUCGGUUUCGCAUUUAUAUAGAUGAGAGAAGAUAAGUGUUGCCAGCGCAGUAAUCAAUUUGUUACAUGUAAACAAACGCAAAAAUCAUUAAAUGAAAAACAAACGAAGAAAAACAAAACAAAACCACUCAGAGAAAUUUGACAACAACCAGAAGUUGACAUAAGGGCACUAAGAGUAAAAAAUCUAACCUUUCAUCACAUUUCGUCAGUGUGUGUGUGUUUUCCCCCCACUUCUUUUGACACAUUUGAAAAGUAAACAAAAACAUUGUGCGCUCCACUCGAUUGCUGAAAACGUCACCUGACAGCUGAAGUUUCAGCGAAGCGAAAGCUGCUGUCAAGUGACGUCGCAGCGAUCGAAACAGUAGGCGCCGGGUUUGAAUUCGAGAGAGGGAGAGAAGUAAACUGCAGAAGGAGAACAAGAGAGAGAAGGAGUAAGGAUAUACCGAAAAGGAACGUGUGCUGUGAUAAUUAUUUUCUUUUUUGGGAGAUCGCGACCUCAAUCGGUUAUCUGCAAAACAAAACAAAUAGAAAAAAAAACAAUGGAAACAUCAAAUGAAACAAAAAGAAAAAAUCGCCGGACCUAGUCCAAGGCGAUGAGGAGAGAAAGGUGGAAAAUUGAGAGAGAACUGUAGGAGAAAAGAGCGGGAGAGGGUAAAUCAAUGCUAAGCUAGUUUUUUUAGAGAGUAAGUGAGAGCGCGAAAGAGAGAGAGCAAGGUGAAACUACGUAGGUACCUCUUAUCCAACACAUACACAAAACACACAAACACAUACAUGCAUAACAUUAUAAACACACUAUUUAUCAACAAAGAGAAGGAGAGAAAAAGGUGAGGAAAGAUAAGGUUAGGUCAAUAAAAGGGUGUAAUUAUUUGUACAUUUUUUACGUUUUGUGAUGCUCUCAUAUAAAUAUAUAUAUAUAUUCAGCAGAAUGUUUUUUGGCUAUCCCUUUGAAAUUUCGCGCGCGCAAAUCAGCAAGUCGACAAGAAUUCACCAUUAUGUUUUGUUUUCGAUCGCAUGUUUGUAAAUCUCGGAAAAUCGCCCCCGGCAUGAAAACAUAAAACACAAACACAACAUAUAAAUGCUUACGCUGCUUCAUUAAAAAAAACUUGAAAAAAUAAAAACAAAAAGAUGUAUAUUUUGUAACAUGUAAAUUUAUGUAAAUUUUCUGGAAGCUGGUAAAGAAUUCUGAGUUGUUCUGUUUGGUGAGGCAAAAAAAAAUUAAGAGAGGUCAAAAUGGAGCAAAGAAAGGGAUACAUACUAUUGAUACGAAUUACCAACACAACCUAUAAUUGAGCUACUAAUUUAAAAAAAAACGGAAAGCAGCGUGUUUCUCUGUGUACAGACGCCGCCCCCAAGAGCAAGGAUUAAUUAUUCACACGUUUAUAUUUUUAAAUAAUGGAACCAUUAAUUCGGAAGCUUCCCCCCUCCUUUUUGAUUUUAUAAUUAUGCUUAUACGAUACAUAUUAAUUUAAUUUUAUUAUUAUUGCUAUUUUUACAUUAUACAUUUACAUGUUGAGGUUAGUUAUAUUUUGUGUUUUAUGCAAAGAAAAGAUGGCGAAAUAUAUUAUUGUUAUAAUAUUAAUAAUAAAAGUAAA